UUCAACCCUUGGACACUCCAGAUACCCCUGGAGCCAAAGUCCAAGCCCCCAUAGUCAUCGGCCACAGGAGCCAAGCACCCGCAGCAGGGCUUCCACUGCGAUGCAGCGUUUCAGGCCGAAUCCAGCAGAGGUUGUGGACCUCACUGCUGACGAUGAUGACGAUGAACAUAUCGAUGAAAUUGAGGAAGAUGUGGUUUCAGAAGCUUCCUCCACUCCCCAGGUCACUGCCCAUGCAGAAAUUGUUGUUACCUUGACAGACAGUGACUAUGCAGAGACUGAUGUCACCUUGAGUGACAGUGAAGUGGAGACUGUGACAGAUGGAGAAAGCCAUCAGUCUCCUUCAACCCCUGGACACUCCAGAUACCCCUGGAGCCAAAGUCCAAGCCCCCAUACUCGUCGGCCACAGGAGCCAAGCACCCGCAGCAGGGCUUCCACUGCGAUGCAGCGUUUCAGGCCGAAUCCAGCAGGGGUUGUGGACCUCACUGCUGACGAUGAUGACGAUGGUAAACUGGAGUAGCAGCAG